UUGCCGAAGCAGCAACAGGAAGAGCUUAGUGGUGGGCACCCCCUCUCCGACCCUCUCGCGGCCUCUCUCCCCCCUCUCCGUGCCGACAGCUGGGAGCAGUCCCUUGGACAGCCCACGCAACUUCUCUGCCAGCACCUCCCUCAACUUCCCCUUUGCUCGCAGCCAUGCUCCUCGGACUGACAGGGCUGAUGGCAGAAGGUGGUCACUGGCUUCGCUACCCUCCUCUGGCUAUGGGACCAAUACCCCCAGCUCCACGGUCUCGUCAUCUUCGUCCUCCCAGGAGCGCCUGCACCAGCUGCCAUACCAGCCUACCCCUGAUGAGCUGCAUUUCCUUUCUAAGCAUUUCCGCAGUUCGGAAAGCGUCACGGACGAGGAGGGGAGGCACUCGCCCUGCCUGCGCCCUCGAUCCAGGAGCCUCAGCCCUGGACGGACGAGUGGAACGUUUGAUAAUGAGGUUGUGAUGAUGAACCAUGUCUACAAGGAGAGGUUCCCCAAGGUAACUAGCAGGACUGGGAGGGGGAGAUGAGUGCAUGGCAUCCUGACAGCAUCUUCUCCAGAACAAACUCUGCCACUGGCAGAUGGAGUGUUGGGCUUCAUCCACCACCAAAUCAUCGAGCUGGCCCGUGACUGCCUGGCAAAGUCCCAGGGAGCUCUCAUCACCUCCCGCUACUUCAUGGAGCUGCAGGAGAAACUCGAGAAGAUGCUCCGAGAUGCUCAGGAACGUUCGGAGAGCGAGGAGGUGAAGUUCAUUGACCAGCUGGUGAGGAAGAUGCUGAUCAUCAUCUCCCGUCCUGCUCGACUUCUGGAGUGCCUGGAGUUUGACCCAGAGGAGUUUUACCAUCUCCUGGAAGCUGCAGAAGGACAUGCCAAAGUUGGCCAGGGAAUAAAGACGGAUAUUCCCCGAUACAUCAUCAGCCAACUGGGGCUCGUCAAGGACCCACUGGAGGAAAUGGUCCAUCUGGAUCACUUCGACAGUGGGAACACCAUCACACCAGAGAACGAUGAUGCCUGUGAGGUGAGCAGCCAGCCUUCAGCCACUGUUCCUCGGAGGAAACCCUGCGAGGGAGACUUUGAGACCAUCAAGCUGAUCAGCAAUGGGGCUUAUGGGGCUGUGUACCUGGUGAGGCACAGGGAGACGCGGCAGCGCUUCGCCUUGAAGAAAAUCAACAAGCAGAACCUUAUCCUGAGGAACCAGAUCCAGCAGGUGUUCGUGGAGAGGGACAUCCUCACCUUUGCAGAGAAUCCCUUUGUGGUCAGCAUGUUCUGCUCCUUUGAGACGAAGCGACACCUCUGCAUGGUGAUGGAGUAUGUGGAAGGAGGGGAUUGUGCCACGUUGCUGAAGAACAUGGGCCCACUGCCUGUUGACAUGGCGAAGAUGUACUUUGCUGAGACUGUUCUCGCGCUGGAGUAUCUCCACAACUAUGGCAUCGUCCACCGGGACCUCAAACCUGACAAUUUGCUCAUCACCUCCAUGGGCCACAUAAAGCUGACAGACUUCGGUCUGUCCAAGAUCGGCCUGAUGAACAUGACCACAAACCUCUAUGAAGGGCACAUGGAGAAGGACACUCGGGAGUUCAUGGACAAGCAGGUGUGCGGCACUCCGGAGUACAUCGCUCCGGAAGUCAUCCUCAUCCAGGGCUAUGGGAAGCCUGUGGACUGGUGGGCCAUGGGCAUCAUCCUCUACGAGUUCCUGGUGGGCUGUGUGCCCUUCUUUGGAGACACCCCUGAGGAGCUCUUCGGGCAGGUCAUCAGUGAUGAAAUUAUGUGGCCAGAAGGGGAUGAGGCUCUUCCUGCAGACGCCCAGGACCUGAUCACGCGGUUGCUGAGACAAUGUCCCCUCGAGCGCUUGGGCACUGGAGGUGCACACGAGGUGAAGCACCAUUCCUUCUUCCUCCAUCUGGACUGGAAUGGGCUGCUGCGGCAGAAGGCUGAGUUCAUCCCCCAGCUGGAGUCGGAGGAUGACACCAGCUACUUCGACACUCGCUCCGAGAGGUAUCGGCACUUGGAUUCGGAGGAUGAGGAAACCAACGAUGAGGAAUCAUCGGUGGAGAUCGGACAGUUCUCCUCCUGCUCCCACCGCUUCAGCAAGGUCUACAGCAGCUCUGAAUUCCUGGCGGUCAACUCCAACCUGAGCCUCUCGUCCUCUGACCGGAGUCACUGCGAUGACAAAGAGGAGCGAUGGGACCGGCACUCGGGGGAUGAGGACAAGAGCCGUCCAGCAGGCACCGAGCCCCGGCUCCGCUCCUGGACAUCUGGCAGCUCCACACAGUACACCUCCCGGCACGAGCGAAGCCGCAGCCCUACCGCGUUGCCCAGCACCCUCAGCCUGGACACCAUGCCCAAGUUUGCCUUCUCCUCGGAGGAUGAAAGUCCUUCCGUAGCAUCCUCCAAGCCAGAGAGACCCAAGUUUGUGGUGGGAGAACCUGCCCAAACUUUCCCUCUUCCCCUCUGUGCAGCUGAUCUCGUCAGCCUGAACCGCAUUCGCCUCCGGAGCAACAGCACCGGCAACAAAAACUCAACUCCUCGGAGCUUGGAGCCGAGCGGGGGCCGUCGGCUGAGCACCCAGAAGGAUAUUCCAGAGAGGCAGAGAGCCUCGCUGGGCAGCCGUGUCCCCAAAUCUGCCUCUGUCUCAGCCCUGUCCCUCAUCAUCACAUCAGAUGACUUUGGUGGUGGUGCCCUGAUGAGCCCUAUCUCCCCCCACUCCCUCUCAUCCAACCCUUCUUCGCGGGACUCCUCCCCAAGCCGAGACUCAUCCCUGGCCAUCGCCAGCCUUCGGCCACCCAUCAUCAUCCACAGCUCAGGGAAGAAGUAUGGCUUCACCCUGCGAGCCAUCCGCGUCUACAUGGGGGACAGCGACGUCUACACUGUCCACCACAUGGUCUGGAGCGUGGAAGAGGGGAGCCCAGCACAGGAAGCAGGGCUGAGAGCAGGUGAUCUCAUCACACACGUGAACGGCGAGUCGGUGCUGGGUUUAAUUCACCGGGAUGUCGUGGAGCUGCUGCUGAAGAGUGGGAAUAAAGUGGCCCUGCGGACUACUGCCCUGGAGAACACCUCCAUUAAAAUUGGCCCCGCACGGAAAAACAGCUCCAAAACGAGGAUGGCACGGAGGAGUAAGAAGAGCAGGAAAAGGGAUGGCCAGGACAGGAGAAAAUCCCUUUUCAAGAAGAUCUCCAAGCAGUCGUCGUCGCCGGUCCUGCCCACGAGCCGCAGCUUCUCCUCUGGUCUCCAUCACUCGCUGUCCUCCAGUGAGAGCCUCCCCGAGUCCCCCACGCACAGCCUGUCCCCGGGUCCCACGCCGCCCUGCCGCAGCCCUGCUCCCGACCUGCCCUCAGAUGCUGUGUCCCCACAGAGCACCUCUCCUUCCUCCAGCACCCCGACGUCACCCGCCGGCCACGUGCGCCCCAGCUCCCUGCACGGGCUGGCACCCAAACUGGGUGGGCAACGUUACAAAGUGGGACGGCGCAAAUCCACCAGCAGCAUCCCCCCCUCUCCUCUUGCCUGCACCCCUUCCUCCUCCCAGCGCCCACCUUCUCCCCAACGCUCCCCAUCUCCACUCCCUGGGUACCCCAAAACCCCCCAUUCCUUACAGGGCAAGACCCUGUCCCAGAGCUCGCGGCCGCGCAGCGCUGACUGCCCUCGCUCCCCACUCCUCAAGCGCGUCCAGUCGGCAGAGAAGAUCGUCACCAUCCUGGCGGAGAAGAAAACAGGCAGCAACCGCAAACUGGGGCUGGAGAUGUCUGCGUUGGAUGGGGAGACCAUCGGAGAGGGCGAAGCACUGGUGUACCCCGGGGAGCACAGUUAUCACUCCAGCAGCUCCCGGCACGACCGGGACCAGGAGAUGGUUGUCAUGCGGCGCUUGAACCUCUCUGAGCGCCGGGACUCCUUCAAGAAGCAAGAGGCAGUUCAAGAGGUGAGUUUUGAUGAGCAAGAGACGGUGCCAGGAAGUGAAGAUGGCAGCAAGAGCGAAGAUGGGAUGGGCAGUAGUAGCGGCGCGGAGCCGCAGCCGAAGCCGAAGCACAGCUCCGUCCCGCAGAUCGCCGUGCAGGGCUCCGAGAGCGACGAGCAGGAGCCAGCGGUGCCCGAGUGGGAAUGCCAAGGCUCCUACCCCAUCAGCAAUGCCGAGCAGCAGGACAGCAGCAUCUCCUUGCCGUG